GCUACAGGUACGACGUGAUCUGAUUGGAUAAAUUUAUCAAAUUAUGUCACUCCUCAGGUGGGCUUGACCAUUCAGCAAUAAAAAAAUAGGCAGAUAAGGUUGAUCGGACAAAAGGAGGUAUCAGAGUGACAAGGCACAUAUGCGAUAAAGACGGAAGACUGAAGACAGGACAGCAUUUUUGGAGCUACCAGCACAGGACAAGACAUCGUGAGAUUUUUGAGUCAAUUGAAUUAUAUUUUUCUGGACAAACAAUGGUGUCUUUAGCUCUUGAAAUCGUCGGCGUCACAUUGUCCACUUUGGGAUGGAUUUUGAGUAUAGUUUGCUGCUCCCUGCCCAUGUGGAGGGUCUCUGCAUUCAUUGGUGCCAACAUUGUGACUGCUCAAGUUUACUGGGAAGGUCUGUGGAUGAGCUGUGUUUUCCAGAGCACAGGGCAAAUGCAAUGUAAAGUAUAUGACUCCAUGCUUGCUCUACCCCAAGACCUCCAAGCCGCCCGGGCCCUUUCUGUAAUCUCUAUAAUCAUUGGGGUCCUUGCACUUCUGAUCGCAACCGUGGGGGCCAAGUGCACCAACUGUAUCCCAGACGAAGGGGUGAAAGCGCGAGUAAUGGCUGCUUCAGGAGGGGCCUUCAUAACAGCGUCGCUUGCCUUGCUUGUUCCAGUGUCUUGGUCGGCGAAUACAAUUGUGGUUGAGUUUUACAGUCCCAUAAUCCCGAAUGGGCAGAAGAUGGAGAUUGGGCAAAACUUCACCAACAUGUCGAUGGGAAUGGAGAUAGUUGGCAUUGCGUUGGGUGCCAUAGGUUUUAUCAUGGCUAUUGUGACUUGCGCCUUGCCAAUGUGGAGGGUGACUGCUUUUAUUGGCUCAAACAUCGUCACAGCACAGACCAUUUGGGAGGGCCUCUGGAUGAACUGCGUAGUCCAGAGCACAGGUCAAAUGCAGUGCAAAGUGUACGACUCCUUACUGGCGUUACCUCAGGAGCUGCAGGCCUCACGAGCUAUGACCAUCAUUUCCAUCAUCCUGGGCAUCCUUGGCAUUUUGAUUUCAAUUAUGGGAGCCAAAUGCACCAACUGUAUCGAAGACGAAGCCUCCAAAGCCAAAGUCAUGAUCAUAUCUGGAAUUUUCUUCAUUUUGGGAGGAAUUCUGGUGUUGAUUCCUGUGUCGUGGACGGCCAGUGUGACCAUUAGAGAUUUCUACAACCCAGUAGUGAUAAGUGCUCAGAAGAGGGAGCUGGGACCUUCACUGUACAUCGGAUGGGGUGCGGCUGCCUUGCUGCUAAUUGGAGGAGCCAUGUUGUGCACCAGCUGCCCACCAAAAGAGCAGAAGUACAAGCCCCCCAGAAUUGCCUACUCUGCCCCCCGGAGCACAGGAGGGUACGACCGCAAAGAUUACGUCUAAACCAAUGACUGUCGUGUGAAUUUUCUUUCAUUAUUUGCACAAAUUUGCUUCUUCUUUGUUGUUGUUGUUGUUGUUUGUUGUUUGUUGUUAUGUUGUUGAAAUCCCAGGGGAAAUCCCUAAAAGAGACUCCGAUUUGAAGAGACCUUUGUAAAUAGUGAAUGUUUUAGUUUUGAAUGUAACAUAUCAAGUGAUUACUGCAUUGUCUGCUACUUAGCCAAUUCACCUUGCAUCUAACAAAAGUUUAGCUUUUUUAAUGUGUGGUUAUGUGGGAGUUCAGGACCAAAAGGGGAAUUGUACAGUGUGCCAUAAACGUACCCAAAUAAUUGAAAUUCUAAUAUUGCUACUAAUAUUUCCAACUAUUUCUACUUUGCUUGACAUUUGUAUACUUGAAUUAAUCUGAAGGUCCUGUAAAAUGAAUGGCUGCAGCAUCUACACCAGCUGAAAGACCAUAAUGUAUAGGUUCAGAGGUGACUAUUCAAAAACCACCUGUCGCUAUAAUUAGCUUUUAGCCGAAUGGUGUCGUCUUUCACUGAAACUGUCAGUUAAAUUCAACCCUGCAUCUCUGACCAGGAAGUACAUCCUCUCACUUUACAUGGAUUUGCUUUGCCCGAUUGUUUAAAUAUAUGUGUGUGUGUGUGUGUGUGUGUAUGCGUGUGUGUGUGUGAGUUUGCGUAUUAUUUGCUUAGUAAGUUUCAUCCAAGACUGAAACUGUAGAUGGUUGCCUCAGGUGAUAUCCUCGUCCCUAUAAUAUAAUAUUUUGAAGUCAUUUGAGAAAGUAUCAUACAAAUUGUGCAUAUUUUUUAUUUUUCUAUGUUACAAUGUUUUAGUUUUAUUUUGCUUUUUAUAAUGUACAAAACUUUUGCCUCUGUGAUUGUUAAAUGAUAAUGUGACUGAUGUAAGAUGUAAUAUAUAUGUGUUUUUUUUUUGUACAUUGUUUACAAAAAUACAUGUGCAAAUAUGUAAUAUACUGGUGGUCAACAUUUCAAUAAAAUGUAGAUAUAAAAUGAUGUCUGUCUUUGAUCAUGUAGCACUGUUUGCAGUUAAAUAAAGGUG